GCUCAGACACAAUGAACCGUCAGAGGGUGAGGGGAACGCAUGUUGGAUCGGAGGCUUAGGCACGGUUUUAACACAUUGUUGUUUUCAAUUGUGCCUUUUUUGGCGUUUUUGCUCAUUUCUAUGUUCCACACCCGCCAUGCGGCAGUAACAAGCGUCAACUGGAAACGGUUGCUUCGUCGAGUUUGAUGAAAACGAGGUCGGGACCAGACUACCGUUAGCCCCUCCUGGCGGAUUUUUUGUUUUGCGUGACUUUUUUUUUCUUUUUCCAGUUACAGCGACAAAACGUGCCAGAUAACAAUGUCGUUGACUGCUUCGUCCGAUUAUUUUGCUGCCGAGUGUCUGGUGUCGAUAUCUAGCGGUCCUGUCCUGCAUAGACCCACCCCGGUCGCCCCCCCCAGCCAGUCGGCCACGAUGGGCCUGCUCCCCGGGGAGGCCGACGGGUCGAGCGAGGACAGGGAAGUGCGGGAGACUCUGAGGCUGGAGGGGGCCAACAUGAUGGUGGUGGCCGGUAUCCUCACCGACCUGCACAGCAAGUUCCGCCCCAUGUCGGCCUACUCGGAGAGCAGCAACUCCUCGUGCGGCGGGGAGAGCGGCUACACCACGUUGUCUGACCCCACCACCCCUACCAUGACCCCAUCCGCCACCCCGGUCCCCGGACAGCAGCAGCAGCACCUGAGGGGGCGAGGGGGAGGCGUGGGCCCUCCGCGGUCCCCGGUGAAGCGACACCAGUGCACUUUUGACGGAUGCGACAGAGUUUACGGGAAAUCGUCCCACCUGAAGGCACACAUCCGCACACACACAGGUGAGAGGCCCUUCCCAUGCACCUGGCCUGACUGUGAGAAGAAGUUCGCCCGCUCCGAUGAGCUUGCCCGCCACACCCGCACUCACACAGGCGAGAAACGCUUCCUGUGCCCACUGUGCGAUAAGCGCUUCAUGCGUAGCGACCACCUGAUCAAGCACGCCCGCCGUCAUCCUGACUUCCAGCCCUCAAUGUUGGGACGCAACAGGGCUGCCUCCUCUGCUUCCAGCCCAGCGGCGCACCAUUAGGAUGACAUGGAGCAGGGAAUUCCUGCUUGCUGGCGGCCAGCAGGAGCACAUAAGGUCAUGGUGGUCAUACCUUAACCAGCUACAAUCAGAUCCACUGACUAGGAUUUAGAAUUGCUGUGUUGUACUUUAAAAAUGUACUUACACACCUACGCCCAGCUGGAUGAGAUGGGCGGUAGCUUCAUUUUACUAUCCACACAGUGAGUCAUGCGACCACUAUCAAUCUGCUCUACAUAACUAGGGUUGGGUUUCAGCAAUGUCCAAAUCUACAGAAACUAGAGAGUCGUUAAGAAAUGUGUUUUCAAUUCCACUUAUCAAUUCCUGAAAGUAACGCUUGAAUGUUUUUCCCCGUCAUUUGCAUCACAUGCAUACCACAGCAUUAUGUGUAACAUGACAGGGCAGAUUGAACCUUUCAAAGGUGUAGCUUCACAUCAGUAAUGAUACAGUAGAUUAUAAUGAGUGUAAAAUUGAAAGAUUACAUCUAAUGACACGUUUACUACAGGUUAGUGCAUAAAUUCAGCAUUUUUAAUAUUCUGUAUUGUAACAUAUUUACAUAACAUUUUUAUACUAAUAAGUUAAUGUCAUCUUUUGGUUUACCUACUAAAUUAAUUACAGACAAAUCAAGGUACUUCAUCACAUUGAUGGAAAAUAUUGCCUACUAAGCAUACCUCAUCAUGGCACGUCCAACCUGUAUGUUUCCAACAUACUUCACUUUAUCGGGAUUUGAUAAGAAUUGGAAUCAAUAGCUAUCUGUAAAGUAAACCCAACCCUACACAUAACCUCAUUUUCUCACAUGUAAACACUUCCAAAAAUUGCAGGGAUUUUUGACAUUUUUUCUGUAAGAACACAAAUCUGCACAUCCAUCAUCAGCCAAAAUCCAACUGUUAAUUUCUAGGUUGUUGUGCCCUUCACUAUGUUUUCUUUACAGUAGCACAAUCUUGUGAAGGUAGGUAGCAAAGCAGUGGACUAGAGGCUUUUGCUGUUUUUAGCUUUGCUGAGACUAUAUAAGUUUUAGUGGCGGAACAUUCCUUCAGUUUUUUAUUUCAUUAGUAACCAAGAUUGAGGUGAUGUUUGUCAAUAUUGUUUCUUUUAUAAUCAGUUUAACUAUAGAUUCUACAUGAAUUUUGUCAGGAAGUGGAUCAGAUUUGAAGAAGAACUGUUUGCACGCCAUCCUUUAGUUUAGAUCAGUUAUCCAUGAAAUGCUGACACAUAAUACACAGUUGUAUUAUGUCUAAUACUGAUGCAAAUGUACAUAAGCUUUGAGCUUUUAAUGUAGAGUAAUGGUAAUGCUACUAACAGCAGAAUUAAUACAUAUGGUGAAUUGUAGUCCUUAUAUUAGGGGUGACAGUAUAUGCUCGAUAGGAUGGCAUUGCCUGUGAGUGUCAGUGUGUAUGUUUUAUUUUUUAUUCUUUUGUUAGUGUCAGAAUUGGAAAGUGUGUAUGGAAUGGUAUCAAAAUAGUCGAGUUGAGCUUGAUUUUCAUCAGGGGUUUGGAGCCGGACGGCACAAUGGCUUUCAGGAUCAGGUGGGCCAGGUUUUAACACUGCUGAUAAAUUGAUGUUUUAUAUUGGAGAAGGAUCUAUUAACAUGACUGUAACUGUGUUGGAAUCAAAAUGAGAGACGUCUAAAAAAUGAAAUGUGGCCAUUCUGCUCCCGCACAAUCACUUGGACCUUUGUUAUGGUGAGCUUUUUAGCGCGUCAGCCCAGUGAGCGUGCAGGUAAAACUAGUAGCCAUAACGAUAGGUCUAAUCUGUGUGUGCGCGCUACUGAACCAGCACAACAGGUGGGAGCAGACACUCCUUUAAUGGAAUGCAGCCAUGAACAAUGUUGUCAGUUACAUAAAUGACCACUGUUCUAAACAUUUGGCUGGAAACAUAUGACAAGAACAAACUGGCGCCUGAGUAACAUCGCUGUUCCAUCAAAUCAAGCAAGCCUUGUGUCAUUUAGAUAUUUGUACAUACAGUGUGAUUGUAGAGAGCUUGGAUCUUUUUCAUGUUUCCACACUGUUUGUCCAACUCAUGGACAUAUUCCUUUAUCUCAGUGAACAACACUUCUUCAGGAAUCUCUGAAAGCCUUAAAGUAUGUCAUAACUACUUUGCACCAUGUUUACAGUUGGAUCAUUGUGUAGGUAUAUAUGCCCCCCGCUGGGCUCACUGCAGAUACUCAUUAUGCAAUAUGGCACUUUUUUCUUACAGGUGUAUUUGGCUGACUAGUGUAAUGACUUACACUGUUACAAUGCUUCUACAAGCAAGCACUGUGGAACCUUGCUAAUGUGUUGAUAACCAAUGGUUUGUAAAACUGCCUUUUUGUCCAAGUGCUUUAGAAAGUGUGAUACCAGAAUUAGUAGUUAAUGUUUUUUUGUUUUUUUUAUUAUUAUUAUUUAGCGUUUGCGUAGUCAUCCAGGCCAUCUUUUAAUGUGGAACUUGUGUGUGUCAUUUUUAAAAUGGAAAAAUCUUCAUUGUUCCCACAUCUUUGUUUCUUCCACACUUGGAUCAAAGAGCGACUGCAUAUGUUUUCCUCAUCAAUGUCAAUCCAUCUUCAUACACCUUUUCACUGUCGAUCUAUUCAUUUCAAUGGGAGCUCCUCGGGAGCGAGCGAAUGCCAUGCUUUUAAACCUUGUACACGCUUCCUCAUAGGUUUGAUCUGUUAGUUUCUCAGUUGCUGCUGGCAGUAACGUGGAACACAUGGACUGUUUAACAAAGACGCAAGCAUGACAUACGUUUUGGGGUUUUUUUCUUUUCAAAUGGAGAUAUUUUCCUUUAAUUUCUCCUCACAUUUGGAAGAGUGCUUUCACACAGACUCAAAGCUAUAAUGUCACAAUAACAACAUACCUCACAGAUUUGUUUUGUGUGUUAUCUGUAUGGAAUCCAUCCAACCUAUCUUUCAGAAAUUCCUAUAAAGCCAUUGAGCCUCGGGUUUAAGAAACUGUUUUAUAUCAGCUAGAUGGUCUGCCAUGUGCCCUUUUACUUAUACUUUCUCUAUAUGCAACAUCACUACUACCUGUGUAGCAGCAGAAAUCCCCCUUUCUUUGCCCAAAUUAACCUAUAUUGAUAAUAGACCUUGGCAGAUGAAUCUUGUACAAACCGCUCCUGUCAUGAGCAGCUGUGUCACUUACCAAGGGAAAAACUCACUGCUGGCUGAGGACGAGACUGAAGAAUGGGUAUUAACGGUCACUUCACUGCAGAUAUUGCUAGAGCUCAGUCCAAAUCUACCUGUUCAUAUCACUGAAUGUGGCUUGGUGACAGUCGAGCAUUAUCCACUUUGGAUUUGUGUUUUGCUGGGCUGCCAUGAUUUCUCUCGUCACCACACUAAUUCAGAUAUGCACAUUGUACAGAAAUGGAUGUUUUUAAAAUUCAUGCCUAAUUCUUACAUUAAUGUAAUUUUUAAAUUCCUCUUACUAAAGCUUUAGUUGAGAUAUGUAGGAGGAACUGUGGAACUAAAUUGCUGCAGCAAGCUGUUUUGAUAUUUAUAUUCUCAGGUGUCUUAAAGUUUGAGCAUUGGAGUUUCAUUAUUUCCUGUGCAACACCGAAGUACAAGCAUGUUUGAUUUCUUUUGUUGUGCUGAUUAAUUUAUUACAUAAAUGGUAUCAUUUGUGUGGUUUAAUUAUUCUUUUCAUAACUCAUUUUGUGAUAUGGAACAGUACUAAUAUAAAAUGGUUCCAUUUUUUUGCCUGACCUGAAAAUACCAGUGCUUUUUUUAAAAUAAAAAUCCUGAUUUGUUCA